CUCAGCCGGUCGGUGUCAAAUGUCAAAACAAAGCAGAAAGCUCCGAGUGUCCGAAUGUAAAGCUAACCCGGUUUAUAAUCACAGAGAGAAAUGGAGGUGUCGGAGGAGGAGCGGAGGCAGGUGGAGGAGCAGGUGGAGAAGAUGAUGAGCGGUCAGGGGUCGGAGGUCACCUUGUGUGACGUGGGCCUGGAUCAGAGCAAACCUGCAACUCUGAGGAAGAACGUCACCUACAUCGUCGCUGCUGUGAUCUUCAACGACAAGGAGGAGGUGCUGAUGGUGCAGGAGGCGAAGCAGGACUGUUAUAAGCAGUGGUACCUGCCUGCAGGGAGGAUGGAGGUGGGAGAGAGCCUGGUGGAGGCGCUGAUGAGGGAGGUGAAGGAGGAGGCGGGCUUUGAUUGUGAGCCGAUCACUUUGCUGCUGAUCCAGGAGCAGGGACCACAGUGGAUCCGCUUCAUCUUCCUGGCCAGAGUCACAGGUGGGACUUUAAAGAAUCUGUCAGCAGCAGAUCAGGAGUCUCUUCAGGCGUCCUGGUGGGACAGACAGUCGGCUCUCUCUCUGAGAGGACGAGACAUCCUCCGACUCAUCGACUGUGGACUCAAGUACCGUCGGGAUCCAUGGCACCCAGUCACCUUACCGAUGGACAUGAGCUGCCGCCACGUGGUGCAGAAGUUGGUGCUGGUCUAUACGAACAAUGACGACAUCUGGGUCCUGGUCAUUAAAGCCCCGGCGCUCCACCUCCCCACAGCGGCGGCAGUAAAGACCCACGCGGUGACCUGGGCGGCCAACAUGGUGGUGCAGGAAGCCAUGCCCAAAGCGUACUACGACCACGACGUCAACACGCUGGGCGCUUUCAGCCUGCAGCACAACGGCCGGCAGCACGGGAAGACUGACGGCGUGUGCUUUAACACGCUGGUGGCUCUGGUACCCGACCACGUCCAGCGCAACGAGGACGGAGAGAAGGUGGAGUGGAAGGGGACGGAGCGGCCUCCACCUGUAGAGAACUCUCGAUACAUCUGGUGUGAAGUCCGGAAAAAAACACUGAAAGAGAAAUUGUUGAAAAUGACCAAAAACAUGUCGAUCUUACCCGUCCACAGCCUCUACUGACCAAAUAAUACUGCUGCGGUGCUCGCCUUUACAGACGUAUUGUGAAAAGAAACAGGCUAACUGUGGGCUUUUAUUGUGAAAUAAAUUAUUUAUCAUUCAGAGUUGAAAGAGUUAACAUGUGAACACAGAGCAAUAAACCUAAAUGUUUAUGUUUGACUUUAAA